CUAGGUUUCCCAUCGGCCUAUCAACGCUCUCCUCGGCGCUUACGACAAAAUCGGGAAGCAGAGAGCUGCUGGCUUUGUUUUGUUUUGGUAGUAGGAGUUGGAGGAGCAGAGGAAGGCCGACAGACGGAGGUCCUCGAGGGGUAGACCCGCUCGCUAAAUGGGGAGAGCUAAAUCGGGGAUGGAAGAUGACGAACCUCUAGCUGACGCCUGCGAGAUGCCGAGCUUUAUAAGCAAUUUCGAGGAGGGAAGGGGGAAAUUGUCCCGCAACCAGCCGACAGGAACUUCCAUCACGGACGGGGAAGUUGAGAUGCCAGUAGGGGGCCUGAACCGAGCUGUCAUCCGUUCAAACUCCAGGUUGUCCCUCGACGGAGGCGACGGGAGGACGUGGAAGAGGAGAGGCGAGGGAGAGAGGGAUGCGGAGGGCAACAACAACAACAACUGCAACAGCGGAGGAGUCGGAGCAGCAGGGAGGAGGAGGAGGGCGAGCGCUGUGGAGGUUCUGAGGAGGAAUUUCGGUGAUACCAAGUCGCCCUCUCGCUGUUUUAGUGCGAAAAGUCGGAUGCAGAGCGGAGUGGAACAUGGAGCCGGCGGAGAAAGUGGUAAUAACGAGUGUAAGGACGCAGAUGGAGCAGAAUGCGGCGAGUGUUUAAAGUCGAACGUGGAGACGGGAGGAGCCGGUGAUAAAAACGAGCUGCCUUCAAACGAGUUGACGACUUCAGAUGUUACGGGAGUUAAAUAUUUAAAGGACAGAGAAAAGUGCCACCCUAAAACUGAAGACGACAGCAACACUGUGACUGUAAGUGAGUCAUUUAGUGCCAAAGAGCACGUCUACUGCACGGUAUACUGUAUUGCCAGCGACACUCAUCGGACAGAUGCUGAAAUCACGGACCGCUACGAUGACGCCGCCACAUCUGACGACACAGAGACAGACUUGGAGACUGUAAAGGUGGGGGAACCGGGCACCGAACCGGUGCUGUACACGCUGGAUGACCUGGUGGACCCGUUCGGGAACAUAUCCCACCGCCUGGAUGGGGUGCAGGCCGGCGCGGAGAGUCAGACAGAGGAUUGCCGGGUGUGCCUGGAGGAGAAACCCAUCGCAUCCCUGCCCUGCUGCGGGAAGGCCUUGUGUGAGGAGUGUCUGAAAAUCUACGUCAGCUCCCUGGUGAAGGAGGGCAAUGUCGUUAUCAACUGUCCAAUCACGGAGUGUACCGGCACCCUGGAGGAGGGAUUAAUAAUUUCCCACUUGAGCAGGGAAGGGGUGGUAAAGUACCGCUACUUUUUGCAGCUAAGUCAGCUGGACUCAAGCACAAAGCCCUGUCCCCAGUGCAGCCACUUCACCUCUCUGAAGGAAAGCAGCACGAACCGCAACGACCACAAAUACAAGAUCCAGUGCAUCAGCUGCCAGUUUGUGUGGUGUUUUAAAUGCCACGCGCCCUGGCAUGAUGGAAUCAAGUGUCGUGACUACAUUCAAGGGGAUAAGCUGCUACGAACCUGGGCGAGUGUCAUCGAGCAUGGGCAGAGGAACGCCCAGAAGUGUCCACGGUGCAAGAUCCACAUCCAGCGAACAGAGGGCUGCGAUCACAUGGCCUGUUCCCAGUGUGGCACUAACUUCUGUUACCGCUGUGGAGAGCGUUACCGAAGCCUCAGAUUCUUCGGGGACCACAAUUCCAACCUCAGUGUGUUUGGCUGCAAGUACCAAUUCUUCCCUGAUCGGCCCCACGUCAGGCGGCUACUUAGAGGCUCGGUUUUUGCUGCUAAAUCGCUGUUAGCUCCGCUGGUCUUCGUGCUGAUGAUAGUAGUCGGAGCUCUCGCUCUGGUGAUAGGUUUGUUUGUUUUCCCCGUCUACUACUUUUGUAAAAAGAGGAAGAAGGAGCAGGAGCAGCAAACCCGAGGCUCCGUGCGCUGGAUCUAGCCCCCUCCUUUCCGAGAAAAGGCCGACACCCACAUCUCCUCAGGGACGGAUGCGCCAGCCUGAGACACGAGAAAACUCAGAAGAAUCAGACUUCACAAAACAAACACGGGCUGUUGGAGUGGUACUUUCUUGCAGCGGAGUGAGCCCUUGACAAUUGCACACCGACACAUGGAGUUUAUUUAUAUUGCAUGAGACUGCUGUUGAAAUAUGAAGGCUGGAUGUCGAAGCAGAAGAGCAACCCAAAUCUAUUUGGACCGAAUUAUGGGGCAACAAGAGCAUAGUAAAGAAAGAAUUGUGGUCAGGUUAUAGCACACGCUCUCCACGUUUGUUUUUAUUAUUGUUAUUAUUAUUAUUUUGCCUCAGAUUUAAUGACGAAUAACACAAUCCAAAUUGAAAAAUUGAAGUUUUAUGAUUGAAGGAAGCUUUGGGAGUGUUGGAUAAACAAACUUUCCAUACACUCAUCAUGGGGAUAAAUGUCAUCAGUAAUUCUGGGCUUUUGCAAAGUUCUCAUGUUGUCAAGAAGCCCAACUAUUGGCUUAAUUCUGGCCCUUUUUUUUCAUAUCAGAAAAAGGUUUUAUAAUCAGAUGAGGCAGAGACUGAGCUGUCCGGUCUUAAUUAUAAGAAGCGUCUUUAGAGAAUUCAGGAUGAGGCUCGUAAACCUCUGGACUGAUAAAAGAACAAUUCACAAUCAUUAUGAAAGGCCUAUAAUUAAUAUGACAUGCAGGGAAGUGAUGAUUGUAUGUAAGCGUCUAACCAGAGCCGUUGGAGAGCAGCAGAGACAUGACAGACAAAUUAUUCUCAAUGCACUUCUUCAUCUUUCGCUAAUCUAGUCGGGAACGAAAAGUUUUCGAGUCUCACUUAGGAAGAUGAUGUGAAAAAAAGUCUAGUGAGACCUGAGAUAAAUUUGGAUCAUAACUUCUCGCCAUAAGGUCUGAAAAUCAGUCGGGUGUGUGCGCCCAGUUCUGGAAAUUGUGGUUGAGUCCUGAUUGAACGCUGAAAGCAGGAACCCCUUCCACCUGGUCUGUGUUCUGAGGCUCUGUCUGUCUUUCCAUCCGUUUUCCGCUCUGAUACCAGACGUAAUCCCUGCUCCGCCUGCUUUCCGUGUCAUCAAAAACGACUACAAAAAAAAAAAGGCGGCUGUGCCAAAACAAAAUGCUGAAUGUGGUGCAACAUACAAUUGAUCUGGUUGGUCGCUGUGUUGUUUUGUUAUCUUUUAGGGUUUAGCAUGUUUUGUACUGUUGCUCUCCUGCCAUUGCGUUCAUGCUGUCUGAACUUUUUCACAUUUUUUCAAGUAACCAAACAUUGCGGAAAGAAAAAUGAUAGAUAGUUGUAAUUUAACAAAAAAAACUUCUGAAAAGUGCGACAUGCAUUUAAAAUCUACUUUAAAUGAAUGUCACAUUUGUUGUAUUAUGAGCUGUAAGACAACAGAUUGUCUUCAGUCAGAGGCUUCUUCAGAUUUGCUUCUUCAGAUUAUGGGGCAACAAGAGCAUAGUAAAGAAAGAAUUGUGGUCAGGUUAUAGCACACGCUCUUCACGUUUGUUUUUAUUAUUGUUAUUAUUAUUAUUUUGCCUCAGAUUUAAUGAUGAAUACAGACUGCUUCAAGAUAUCCUUCCUGCCCACAGACACCAUCAUGUACAAUAAAUCUCUGAGAAACAUCAAAAAUAGGAGUCACAACAUUUAUUUUCCUUUUGCAAUUAAUUCUUUUAUUAAUAUUAAUUGACACUGUAUUUUACUUGGUGGUAUCAGACCGAAUGGGCGAAAAGCAAAUGUCUGCCACCUUUUUCAGAUUUUUUUACAUAUUGUUGUCUUCUUUACUCAAACUCAGCUUCCACAUGCUUGGUGCAGGCCUAUCCCAUAAAAUCAAAAUAAAAUAGCUUGACAAAAUGUGAAAAAAUUCAAUGGUUCUGUAGUUGUAGUUGUACCUCCUGGGGAGACAAAGUUAAAAGUCGAAAUGUAGGUUAUGUGCAGAUGAAAAGGUGCAGAGAAUGAUCGAUUGAAAAAAACAACAAACAAAAAAAACUUUCCUUUCUAUUUAUCAUUCACAGCCUGGUUAGUGCUUUAUCAAUGAGUCCAACAGGGUUUUUUUUUAAUAGAGUUAUUAUUUCUAAGAUAGUCAGAUUUCAUAGUGUAUGAGAUGUGAUCCAGGAGGACUGGUUCUUUUUAUGAACCUGAAAUAUUUUUUUAAACUUUGAAGGACGAAUGUAAGUCUCUGCCAGGGAAUCGAUUUCAAAAGGUUUAAAGGUCAGCUGGCGGUCUCUUAUCGCAGGCCUCUCUCUGAAUUUUAAGAACGUUUUAUUUAAAAAAAAGAAAAAGAGGCUAACCAUCUUUAAGCUUUAGGAUUCUGUGAACAACAAAUUUAAAGCCAUUCAUGCCUAUCCUUUUAACGAUCUGCUUUUGUUUCCUUGCUCUCUCACUUGGAAUUCGCAGAAGGAAGCUGAAAAUUGAUGGCCGAGUUGUGUCACUGCACCGGUAAAUCUGUAAAUGUUGCAGCUCUGCAUCUGCUCUCAAGGAUUAAUGACAUCAAUUUGAGAAGAAAAGGCAGGAUUUAUCUUUGUGCUUUUCUUUUUUUUUUUUUGUCAGGAAAAAAAAAGAAAAAAGCUUUUAGUUGAGCUUUAUCCCAGGGACAUGACACAUUUUCUAGAUCUGGGCUGUUAAGAAGCGUCAAAUAAAGUUACACUGUAAUAACAGAGUUCACAACGUACACUCACAUUAUAUCCCUGCACGUUGCUUUCUGUAGUUUUUUUGUAGUCCUGUAGGUUUGGGUUGAAUCCUCUCUCAGGGAGUUUGUUUGUGUUCACUGGACCCAGAUCCCAACCCGGACAUUAGCUGUGCCAAAGAAAUUGCUGAACAGCACCGUGGACUCUGAAUGCUUCCUGGUAGGCUUGCCAGCUGCUGCCGCGCUAAACAUAUUGGAUUCCAGGAAGCAAAGUGCACUGCGGCUUCAAAAAGAGAUCAGAGUUGUGUUUUAGUGUUGCCAACGCUGACUCUCUCUCCCAGCCUGACUCAGCUGGAUUGUGAACUCUUUGUUGGGGGUGAGAGGGAUGAAAUCCAUGAUUGAGAAGCAGAAUAAUAAAAACAGGCAUAUGUGUUCACAAGACAGAAAUUGGAAACUGUACAACCCUCAUUCCCAUGUACCUUAAUAACAAUCGUACUGCUCCACUAGUUCUGCACUGUCAUGUUUAACAGCUGCUUUUUCAAGGUAUUAUUUAUAAUGAACAUGUGCGUCUAAAACUGUCCCCCUUUAGAUAAACAUCAUUGUAAUUUUCUAGAUUCCUUCUGCAGAGUCAAUGACAUUGUUUUUUUUUUUUUGUUUUUUUUCAGUGCCAUUUAACCAGAAGGUUGUCCUUUACAGCGCCUUACAAAAAUUCCCGUACCAAAUUUUUACAAUGUAUUUUACUGGGAAUUGAUGUGAAGACGUCUUCAUAAAAUCUUAAAUGAAAUACACAAAGGAAUAGAGUUGCAUGAGGAAAAAUGUUUGAGAGGUAUGAAAACUUUUGCAAACUUUUGCAGACCGUAUUUGGACUUUCCCCACCUUUGAAAUUAUAAUUGUGCUAACUCAGCUUGUAAACUCGUCGUGAAAUUUGAGAAACAAAACCUACUUCCUUGGAUAAUAUCUUUCUAUAUUUGAUAUUGCAUUUUAUGAUAAAGUUUUUCCUUUGUUUUGUCAUAGUUGAUACAAAUGAGUGAGAUUAUGCAGGGCUGCUGAGAUUUUGAAGAUGUGUUUUAGAGAGUUGCAGAAUGUAUCACACCCUGGCCUUUUAUUUGGCAUUUAUUAAGCCUUCAUCCUCAACAAAUUAAUACAGUCAUGCAUCAAAACAUGAUCAAACUUAUGUAAAACGACUUUGAGAUAGAUUUAGAAUCUUGUAGCUGACUGCUCAGUAAUCAAAGGCAAUAAGUUUAGGUUGACGUCCCAAAACCACAAUCCGGGUGUAGUCCGUAUCCAAAACCCGCCUGUAAAUUUGAACGUAUAACAGUCACUUUAUUUCGGCUCAUGUUUUUCUAACUUGCACUUUGAGCCCUGCCUCAAACAUUAAAUGGUCUGUGAAGGAGGAAGUGUUGCAGAAAAAUGUGCUGCUUUCAGUUAAUUAAAUGUCUGCGUAUGGAGCUGUACGACCUUUGAAGAUGUUGUGACUUCUAAACCGGUGAAGGUGGAUUGAUCAGUAACCUCAGGAUGGGAUUUCACCUCUUGAACAUGCAAAUCUGUUGGAACAAUAGCAGUGUGUUUAUAUGUAUAUGUCAAUGUUGUUGUUUUCAGUUAUCUCUUGACAAAGACAUGUUAAAGAUAACUCCACCCUCCCCAAAUGCUGCCACUCUCAAAGAUUAUCUGCUGAUAUUACUGUUGCUAACUUAGCAAAGGCACAAACACUCUUUUAUCAAAGAAUCUGAAGGACAAUAAACAGAAUGCCAAAUGUG